GGAAGGAAGGGAGAAUAGGUGCGCGUGGGAGCAGUUAUGUGUUUGGGAGGGUCCGCGUGAGCAGCAAUAUCUUUGGGGUUGUGUGGAUAUAGUUGCAGCUUUUUCUCCAGGUAGAAAUGGGACGUUUACAUUAUGUCUGUGUUCUGGCUUGUACUUUUUUCGUUUCUCAAGCCAAUGGACUCAAAACUUACCGAGACAUGUUCCCUCAUAAGCAUUCAGUUUCGAUGAAGUUUCCACCAAUCCCUGGCUGGAACCCAGACAGUAACCCAUGGGAUGACUAUCUUUACCCACCCUUCAGUCCCAAGGAACUAACCCGGAGGAAAGGUCAGCCCAUCAAAGUUCGCCUGACCAGUGACAGUCCUGCGAUCAUUGGCUCUAUGGUGUCAUUUACGGCCAAGCUAGAGUACCCACCUUGUCAGAAGGAGGAUGCCAAUGGGGAGCUUGUGUGGGAUGAGCAUUGUCCGGAUGGUGAGGAGCUGGAGGCCUCAGCUAACGGUCAGCUGAAGCAUGGCUAUGUGUUUAACUGGACCUCCUGGCUGGAUGACUACGGCUUUGGAAAGUGUACUGACCUGAAGAGAUGUAACGUCUUCCCAGACGGGAAACCCUUCCCUCAGAGCAACGACUGGAGACACAAGGGCUACGUCUAUGUAUGGCACUCCAUGGGUCAGUACUCUGAGACGUGCGAUGGCUCCUCUUCCACCCUGACAGUGAACACCAGUGACAUCACUCUGGGGCCGGAGCUGAUAGAAGUCAUGGUGUACAGGAAACGUGAGCGCAGGAAGUACAGCCCCCUGGCCACAGACAAGACCGUCUUCUUCGUCACAGACAAGAUCCCAGUGGCGGUGAAUAUUUCCCAGAAGGAAGCAUCCAACCUGUCGGCGAGCGUGUUUGUGCGUGGCGAGGACGUGGUGUUCAGUGUGUCUGUUCACGACCCCAGUAACUACCUGAAGACUGCCGAUGCCGUCGACUACAUCUGGGACUUCAAGAACGGCAACCAGCUGGUCACCCAUAGCAACGUGGCCACGCACGCCUACAGCGCGGUCGGCGAAGUUAACGUGAAGCUGAUGGUGGAGGUGGCGAUCAAGAUCCCGUGCCCCCCGCCAAAACCGAUGAGUGUUACUACGCCACAAACUACAGCGGCUCCUACACCUCCCACUGGCACUCACUCCAUCACUAGCAAAAUGGAAACAACCCAUGGUUAUGUGCCAGUCACCACUGCCAGACCCACCUCCAAGGGCCCCAACACACCUGUUCCCGGGACAACAGGCUUCCAGACGACAGAGCCCCUCCCCUCGACGGUGGCUGAUUUGACCCAGGGGUUCAACCCGACCUCGCUGCUGCCUGCUGUCCCCACCCCUAUGGCCCAGCUCCAUCACAGACACCUGGCGGCCACCGACUGCUUCCGCUACCUCUACGGAACUUUCCAGACCAACAUCACCAUCAUCGAGCACCUAAUCAACAGCCAGCCAGCCAAUCGAAUCGUGGACGUGUCUGCUGCCAAGGUGACCAACACUGACAUCAGCUUCCUGGUCAAGUGCCUGGGCAGCACUCCCACCUCAGCCUGCACCAUCGUGUCGGACCCCUCCUGCCGCCAGGUCAGGAACAUCGUGUGUGACGACGUGCCUCCGUCUCUGGGGUGCGAGGUGCGCCUGCGGAGGACCUUCCUGGAGCCGGGGAUCUACUGUGUCAACAUCACCCUGGAGGAUGCCAGCAGUAUGGCCCUCGCCACCAUCACCAUCAGCAACACUGACCCUGACACACCCGUGUCUAAAGCUCCUCAUGCUGCAGAGGUUGUCCUCUCCUCCAGUGCUAUCCUGGUAGCCAUCUUUGCCUUCAUCGCCUUCAUAGUCUACAAGCGCUAUAAGGUCUACAGACCUAUAAGGUCUACAGACCUGAGGGAGAUCAUAUUCCCCACCAACGAGGAGAGUCGCCGCCUGCUGACGGACAGACGCCCCGUGUAGACCCACCGUCGGUACUACAGAAGGGAAGCAGAACGAAAUAAAACAAAUAGAACUUACACUUGUCUGUCAGUUAGGAUAUUGAGUAUCUGUUCUACAUCAUACAUUUCUAUCUGAAUGUUCUGUAACAUUAUAUAAUCCUGAACAGGCGCAAGCGUUUUUACUUAGAGGUUCUUUAGUAACAAAUUAUACAUUUAGCACAUUUAUAAAUGCAUCACAAAGAUUAUACAUAUACCAAUAACCAAGAGAACUUCUUUACAUUUAAUUUUGUCAAAGUAACACUGUUAAUAGGUAAGAUGUGCUGGAAAAUAUUAAUAUAUUUUCUGUUUAGUUCACUUUGUAGUAGAAAAGCACAAGUAUGUGGCAAAUGGCAAGAAUUAAGAGAAGUUGAAGCAUGUGGCAAAUAGCAAGAAUUAAGAAAAGUUUGCAAUAAAGCUCAGUGUUUUGAAGUUGGGGCGGGGCAGUGUUUAAGGCAGUGCUGGAGUGUAUUCAUUCCACCGAUUCUGUUGCAAAACGUUUCUUAAACUGGGGCUGGACCUACCUGAAUUUGUCCAAUAGACACUCGUUUUGCUCUGUUUGCUUCCAUUUGGUUCUUAAACUGUAAACAGUUUCUGUAAUGAAUACACCCCUGGUGUGAGCGUGAUAGUAAGGCCCUUUCCCAUUUCAAUCCCUAGCUUCUUCCCCUAGUCUUUUCAGAUCUGUGAACUCCAAAGAGAAAUGGGGCUAGGAACUCAAAUGGAACUGGGCCAAAUGGAACUGCUUUGAAGUUAAACGGGUCUAAUGGUUUUGGAAAUCAAAUUUAGUAAAUAUCUUUGCAGACUUUUACAAGCCUAACAAUGUGUUACUUUUAGAAAAUGUUCAAAUAUUAGAUUUAUAAAAGUCUUUAACUGUACAUCCCACUGCCCAUUCUCUAAUGUGCAUAUCAUUUACAUUUGUUGCACGAAUGUACUGAAUUGUAGUCAUUUAGUUACUAUAAAAGCCAUCCUUUCAAACCAAUCUAAAAA